UUCUAUUUCAUUUUCUAAUGUCAGUUAAACCUAACCUAAUAUUUAUGAACCAUGUAAUCUUAGUUAAAAGGUUUAAAUUAUUCAUUAAAACUUAUCAAAACACAUUAAUAAAAUAGUUCUAACUGUAUUAGAAUAUAUACAAUUAAAAACAAUGGCAGGAGGAGAUGGAACUGAAGUCUUUAGUGAAGAAGAACUCAAACUGCCUCCUUGUAAAUAUGAGUAUUUGGAUCAUACAGCAGAUGUACAAUUACAUGCUUGGGGAGACAGUCUUAAAGAAGCCUUUGAACAAUGUGGAAUUGCUAUGUAUGGAUACAUGACAGAACUGGAAACAGUAGAAAUAAAGCAGUCUGCCAUAAUAGAAGCUGAAGGUCAUGAUUUGGAAAGUCUCCUGUACAAGUUUUUAGAUGAAUUACUUUUCCUAUUCAGUUGUGAACCCUAUUUGAUUUGUUCAAAAGUAACCAUUACGGAAUUUAAAACAGAUGGUGAAGAACUUAGAAUCAAGUGCAAGUGUUAUGGUGAAGAAUUUACUCUGGGUAAACAUCCACAAGGGACUGAAGUAAAAGCAAUUACUUAUUCUGCCAUGCAAAUCAUAAACGAACCUGAAAAGGGCAAAUGUGAAGUUUUUGUAAUUAUUGAUAUAUAAACUAAUUAAUAAUAUUAAUAAGUAUGUUUAAAACAUAACAAAUUUAUGAACACAUUAAUUAUUUACAUGCCAAAAAAUAUAAUUGGCAGCUCAAUUAGUAAUAAGUAAAGUAAAUUCAAUUAUGAAAUAUUGGUUGUUUGGUUAAUUGUUUUAGAAAUAUAUUGUUUAUUGAUAGUAAUGUUAAAGUUGAUUGUCAAUCAGUCCUUAAAGAAGCAUUUGAACGAAGUUUAUUAUGAAAAUAAUGAAUGU